AUGGCCAAUGUCAACGGUCCCCGGCCGUGCAUGAGGAGACUACUGAUGUGUGCCACCGAAUUAGUGAUGCUGUACGGAGCGGAAGUAUGGGCCGAGGCCCUACGAAAACAGAAAUACCGCAAGCGCAUAGCCGCGGUACAGAGGAGGGGCGCCCUCCGAAUCGCGUGCUCUUACCGCACGGUCUCAGAUACGACAGUGCUAGUUGUUGCCGGGGCAAUACCGAUUGACCUAUUUGCCCAGGAGAAGAAAUUCGUCUACCAGCAAAGGUGUGUCCUGGGUAAGGAGAAGGCAUCAAGGCUCGCUCGGUCCAUCAGCAUCAAGGCCUGGCAAAGUAGAUGGGUGCAGGAACUUAUUCACGGUAUUAUGGUUACUAUCGUUGACAACGUUAUUACAACCGUUAUUACAACCGUUGCGCAAAUUUGCGGCCAAUGGCUAAUGACACAACAUUGGUCUCUUGCCUAA